AUGGCACUUGGCAAUACCCCGAAUGGUCAAGAAGAAAGGUUAUUCUCACUGCAGGUAUUUCACAAGGUGAAGCCAUUUUGCAUUGAGCUAACUCAAGAAGCACUUUCGCAAUCAAGUUUCAAUGAAGCAAGGGUGGUAUCACUCUUAUCAUCAAUUGAAAGUGGCUUGAAGUCGGUACGUGAAGAUAGCCAAACACAAGUGGAGUUUGUCGUUUUGCCAAAUGUUGCUGACUACAUUUUUUUCCCCAUUUCGAACUUGCUCAAGAAGCCGGAGUUGAGUGACGCGGUCGUCAAGCACAUCUUAACAAUUAUUGGUCAUUUGGUGGAACACUGUUGGAAGUUUAACGUCAAUUACUCUCUUUUUGACCAAUUGUUUCCGUUGGUGCUUUUUCUCAUUGGAGAUAGCUCGAAACCCGGGUCUUGUGGAGUUAGUAUCAAAUCACUCCAAUACAAGACAUCGUCUGUUUAUGUGCUUGAUGAAAUGAUUCAUUCGCUUAGCAUCGCUUAUUUUGAGGAGACUGAAAAGAGGCUCCACUUCUUGAGUAACAGCAUUCUGUUAGCACUCGACAUACUUAAUUCGACCAAAGCGAGCAACCAAGAGGCAAUUAGUCUCCUGGUUGACUCUUUCCAGCUAGUUCAGAAACUGCUUCUGAAAAUAGACUCCGACAAAAAGUCCACAAUACUACCGGGUAUUGUUUCAGCCAUUACUAAUUUUGUCACCUCAAAUUCAAAUAUCAACUACCGAUUAUUCACACAUGUAUUACGUUUGUUAUCAGAUGUCAUUUGUACCUCAUUUAGUGAUAAAGAUCUUCAUGCUGAGUUAAAAUUAGACAGCAUUGAGAAUAUCACUGAUAUCCAUGCUGUAUGGGAUGAUGAUGAGAGGACACUUGAUGGCACUGAAAAGAAUGAUAUUUCCAUCAAAGAGCAAGGUCAUAGAACUAUGCUGUGGCUUAAAGCAACUUCUAAGCAGUUGAAGAUUACCUUGGUCGUUCUUUUCAAAUCACUUCUUCUUAGCUCAAGAAAUAAAGAUCGUUUGCGAACAAGGUCUGAGCUAGGCGACGAAGUACUUGAUUUUGUAACAUCCGUGAUGCGUACCUGCUUUAUUUCCUUAUAUGCUGAGUUUGCCCCUUUGGCGUUAGACAUCUGUGCUAUAUUGAUAUUUGCCACUUCUUGGGAGAGAGAAGAUUCAAACACUAAAAUUUGGGAAGUCUGCUCUAGAAUUAUGGAGGUGAUUGAAGCCGAUGAUAAUAAAUGCAUCGCUUAUUACGAAGUUUUGAGAGGAAAACUAGCGAGUUUAAUUGAUAACAAGCUAUCCGUCAUCAUAUUCUCCACAGAUGAUGACAAGGUGACUUUAAAUUUGAAUGCAAUAAAGCUUCACUUUGCGAUGCUCAGUCAACUAUCUUGGAAGCUGGAUAUUGGCUCGAAUGAGUUGAAGUCGUUAAAAAAGAGGUGCUUACAACUAUUGUUGCAAAUGACGGUAGAUCUCGUGAGAUUGGAAAAUUCGAAGAAGUCGACGACUACAACUCCGUCGUUGUUACACGGUUCGCAAAAUCAAUUAGAUUCUAUUGAACUCCCGGGAUAUGUAAAUGCGAAAAGCGUCAAGACAGUACUGAAUUCAGCGUCAGCAAAUAAGGUUCUGUACUUACACCAGCUACAGCACAUAUCUUCUCAGUGGAGUCGUACCUCGCUCUCACUUGAAGCUGAGUUGACAAUUGGUUUAGGCUCAAAAGUCUUGGAGUCGAAUUUGGUCUCGAUUAUUUCCUUCUUGUCGAAGUUAAAGUACAGUGGCGGAAAAGAGCUUGAUUUAUUGGAUUUGGAAGACUUAUUAGAGUACUCGGUUAACUCCAGUGCUUUGGAAAAAGGGCUCGCCCUAUGGUUUGCUUCAAUUUUUGCUAAAAGUGGUUUACGAAACCAGUCCUAUUUUGACCCAUCUGAAUUUAUAAAUGUCGAAGAUUCUGAUAUGGAUAUUGAUGACGUGUCUAAGGAAAAUGAGGCCUCCUAUCUUUUGCUAGUGAAGGCGGAAGGUAUAUUGGAUGAUUUGGCCGACAUAAGUGGUAAUUUUACGAACCGUGAGGAAGAGGUGGCUUUUGUUUCUGCUAUUGAAGCGAUUGGAUGCGUCGUUGGCACAAUACCGUUGGCUCAAUUCAGAUCCGAUGUACUAAUGGACUACUUGCUAUGUUUGUUCCAAUCAUUUACUUGGACGGAUAAGUCACGGAUUCAAUCUCAGGCCAGGAACACCCUUCAAAUCAUUGUAAAUGGUUAUUAUGAAGGUUCAUUAACAAGGAUGAUCAUGGACAAUCUGGACUACUUAAUUGACGCGAUAAGUUUGCAAAUGACAGUGGCUAGUAACUUGACCCCUCUGUUGCCUGGGAUAUUGGUAAUCUUGAUCAAGAUUGCCGGUGUUCAGUUGUUGGAAAGCAACCAACUAUUUGAUGUAUUUUCAGACAUUUUUGUGAUAUUAGAUUCGUACCAUGGGUACAACCAGGUGGUGGAAGGUUUCUUCGUGGUGUUUGAAGUGGUCGUAGAACAGAUCAAGCUAAUGUUUUUGAAAGAUGAUAGAGCAGUUGAGAAUUCAAUCCGAGUUGAGUCUCAGUUUAAACCGUGGGGCAUGACUAACAAAGCACAAUUGAUAAAUUUCCUACAAGACAAAACUUAUGUUGGUCCACUUGCUGAAUUUUAUAGCGAAAAGGAAUAUUUUGAGAGGACAGAGGAUAAACCAUUUAGCGAGAUGGAUAAUGAUUCUGAUGAUGAGGAGGAAGAGGAGGAUAAAAAUACGAGUGAAGAGGAACCGUGGACCUCGCCGAUCCCAAAACCAAUUUAUGAGGUCUUGAAGCGCAUGUUCAACUACGGGUUCACAUUAGUGUCACAGCCAUCGUACACUUUGAAAGCACAGAUCAUCAAAACUCUCAGAAUUAUAUUCCCCUUACUUUGCACCGACUAUAAGCUGGUUUUGCCGAUCAUGGCAAGUAACUGGUCAAUAUUGAUUACUUUGAUUACAGCAUCCAAUUCAUUAUCAAGUUCAGCGGUGGUACAGUCCUCCCUUUCUCGGGAGCAAAUAAACAUCGCAAUUGAGUCGCUCAAGUUUGUCACUGAAAUAUUGAAUCGUGAUGGUGACCAACAAGAGUAUUUCUUUGGUCGAAAGUUUCAAGAAACUUGGGGCUAUCUCUCAAAGCAUUCUGAGUUGGUAUCGAAAACGGUAAAGGGAAAGCAUUCAGCCGAACUUGUUGUCGCAGAGAAGGCAUUAGCAACGUUUAGAGUUUUCCCCAGUUUGAAAGAUUCACUCGUGGAGUUUCUAAUCACAGGGGUCCAAAACUAUAGUAAAACAGUGCCUGAUUUGACAAGGUUUGAUUUGAUUAAAUUGUGCUACAGGCUUGAAAUUCCGCAAACUUUGGAGCUUACGCGAGAUACUCGUUGCAUCUUAGAAGUGUUGAAGAUAAAAUCUAAAUCAUGUAAAUAA